UCCUGCGGAGCGUAGUCCGCGCCUUCUUGCCUGCCUGAGAGCUCCCCACUGAGCCUUGCGCCCUACGCCCGCCGCCCGGCCCGGCUGGGCGCUGCCCACCCGAGGGAGUCCGCAACCCGCAUCCACCAGACCCUGUGCCUACCGCCACGAACCAGGCACCUGUGCCAGGAGCGCCGCUGAUACCACAGAGGAGGGAUCUGCAACAUAAGGACCAUGAGUAUCUCAGCUCUCAGAGGCAGCACAAAAGGGAAGCCUCUGCCGCCAGGCGAGGAAGAACGCAAUAACGUGCUCAGGCAGAUGAAAGUGCGAACUACACUGAAGGGUGACAAGAGCUGGAUCACCAAGCACGAUGAAUCGGAGGGUCGCACCAUUGAGCUGCCUUCAUGCCGGACUCGUGCCACAUCGUUUUCAUCAGCUGGGGAGAUGUCAAAGGCCAGGCUUCCGAACACAAGGGCACCCACUGGCUACAUCAUCCGGGGAGUGUUCACCAAGCCCAUAGACAGCUCAUCCCAGCCCCAGCAGCACUUCUCCAAGUCCAACGGAGCUCCAAAAAGUGACGCUGCUUUGGUGAAAGCAGCUACUGCUGGCUCUGGCCGUGCCCCCUCCUCUGGCUAUAAGAUGACCACCGAGGAUUACAAGAAGCUGGCGCCCUACAACGUCAGACGCAGCUCAGCAUCAGGAGUUGCCGAAGAAGAGGAGGUCCCUUUCUCUGCGGAUGAACAGAAACGGAGAUCAGAGGCUGCCAGCAGUGUGGUGAGGAAGACAGCCCCACGAGAACACUCUUAUGUCCUGUCAGCUGCCAAGAAGAGCAGUGGCCCUACCCAAGAUACACAAGCGCCAUUUAUCGCCAAGAGGGUUGAAGUGGUGGAUGAGGACAGGCCUUCUGAGAAGAGCCAGGGACCAGCAGCGCCUGCAAAGCCCCUCCCUGGCAUGAGCAGGUCAUCUUCAUGUGACAAAGGGACCCCUCAACCCAGGGAGCCCAAAUAUUUGGCUGGUGAGCAGGACUCCAAGGACAUAGACUCACUGUGCUACACUGUCCCGGGUAUCAGGAUGCCCUGGCAUUUCAAUAGUACUGAACCUAGACCAUGCUUGGUGUCCUUCCGUAGCAUGGGAUCAGCUGCUGACCUCAUCCCUUUCCUGGAAGAUCAAGAGGUGGAUAGUGGCAGCUCUCCAUCCUGCAAGCCUGGACCACUGCCUGUGAGCGCUGUGGCUGGUGGUGCAGAGAGCAGCGUGGCCAGCCAGGUGGCAGAAGAUGGGCGGGAGCAGCCUGCAGCUCUGGGAAGUGGCCAGGGAGACACAGCUGCAGCCACUGAGCCGGCGGUCCAGCCCAGCAUGCUGGAGCAGCAGAGCCCCGGAGCGCCUGACAAGCUGCCUGCAGCCGAGGGCUGUGCCAGCAGCCAAGGUGUGGUCUUCGUGAAGGAGUACGUGAAUGCGAGUGACCUGUCUCCUGGGAAGCAGGCAUCUUCACGCUAUGGCAGAAGAACUGGAGGGAUCUGUACCUACUGCAGUCAGGAGAUCCAAGACUGUCCCAAGAUCACGCUCGAGCACCUUGGUAUCUGCUGCCACGAGUACUGCUUCAAGUGUGGGAUUUGCAGUAAACCGAUGGGUGACCUCCUGGAUCAGAUCUUCGUUCACCAUGACACCAUCCACUGUGGGAAAUGUUAUGAGAAGCUCUUCUAGCUAGAUGCUGGCACCCUGAUGGCCCCUCCGUGCUGAUCAGAAACUCCUGACUUCCGGACAAGUUUAGCUGUCCCAAGUUGCUGAUUCCUGUUUCUGCACUUCUUCCCUGCAUUUGAUUUCUUCAUAAUUUUAUUGUUAAGCUGAAUUAGCUUAUGUCUAGUAUCAUACCUUAAUGACAUUACAAUAAUUACUCGUGUGCAUACUUUUUCUAGCUUAGAAAGCACUUUACAUCCACAGUCUCAUUUCAGGUUUGAUCAAAGGAUGGAACAGGAAUUCCAUCUUGGCGUUUUUCUAUGCAGAUUGACAUUCUAAUGAGAUUAGCUUUCCUGAUAGGUUAAGCAUAUGCAAAAGGGAGGGGUUCAGUGUGUCCUGACUCCUUUGAUGCUUCUGAAGAAUAGGUCGACAAUCCCUGCUGGGUAAAUUGCAGGCAUUGGACGCUAGGGAUUAAAAGUUUGUUGCUAUAUGUUAUAUAGCCAGCUACAUGUAUGUUUGAAAUUUUCAAAUUUAAAGUACUUGCUUUUGAUUGGGUUACACAGCUGAUUUUAAUUGCUUUCUUCCCAUGUUUCAGCAUAUUUGAGUCUUACCUGCAGGUGUAUGAAUAUGUUUUACAAAGUUUGCACAAUUAGGUUUAUACUUUAUGGGAUAUAAAUUAGGAGGUUACUUACCAAAUGGAUAUCUCUGUUUGAAUUUUCAUAGCAUAUUAAUGCUUUUAGCCUAAAUUCUUACUGCCUGAGUUUUAUGCAGAAGUCCUCUGAAGUUGAUUCUAGGG